GGACUGAACCGCGCCUGCGCUACACGGCAGCACGAAGCCAGGGCGGAAGACGACGGGGAGCGGGAUUGAACAGCGCCUGCGCGGAGCGGGGAACCCGACCUCUACUGCGCCUGCGCAGUGCGGCACGGGGCGAUGGAGUCGGACGGCACCUACGAGCCGGGCUUCGUGGGCAUCCGCUUCUGCCAGGAGUGCAACAACAUGCUGUACCCCAAGGAGGACAAGGAGAACCGGAUCCUGCUGUACGCGUGCCGAAACUGCGAUUACCAGCAGGAGGCCGACAACAGCUGCAUCUACGUCAAUAAGAUCACGCACGAAGUGGACGAACUGACCCAAAUCAUCGCUGACGUGUCCCAGGACCCCACGCUGCCCCGGACGGAGGAUCACCCCUGUCAGAAGCUCCCGCGGGCUUUGGCUGCAAGUCCUGCCCGGUCGGCUCGGACCUGGCGCCCCCGACCUGCUGCUGAUCUCGCCCUUCUCUUCCAGGUGUGGACACAAGGAAGCCGUGUUUUUCCAGUCUCACAGUGCACGAGCUGAGCCACGAUUCCUUCUCAGUCGCCGCGUCCUCCGGUCUCCUAGGACGCCAUGAGGCUGUACUACGUGUGCACCGCUCCCCACUGCGGCCACCGCUGGACCGAGUAGACGGCUGGCGUUGGAAGGCAGCGGUCUUCAUCGUCUGAAUCUCCGGGUCCCUCGUGGAGCGCCCUCGGCACGCUUCUCGGACUUGAGUUGGGUGCAUUUAGUUAAUUAAAAGGUUUUCUAUUUUUUCACGUGA